AUGGGUCGAGCUACGAGGUGGUUCAAGGGUUUGUUCGGAAUCAGACCUUCCUCUUGUUCCGGUUACGGUUCCGGCGCCACUUCCAACCGCAUUGACCGCUCUUCAGUCGCAGGAGUGUCUUUAUGCGACAGUUACGAGACGAUACCUCCUAACAUUUCCGAGAAAGAAGCUGCGUGGCUAAGGUCGUUCUACGCGGCUGGAGAGGAGGAGAUAGAGCGUAGAACGCAUGCAAUUGCGGUUGCUGCAGCCACGGCCGCUGCCGCUGACGCAGCGGUUGCGGCGGCUAAAGCUGCGGCUGCGGUUGUAAAGCUUCAGGGUCAAGGGAAGAGUGGUCCGUUAGGUGGUGGAAAACUCCGUAAGAAUCAUCGUGCCGCUAUGCAGAUCCAAUGUGCCUUUAGAGGCUUCUUGGGAAGAAAAGCGUUGAGAGCGUUGAGAGGUGUGGUGAAGAUACAAGCUUUAGUGAGAGGUUUUUUGGUACGGAAGCAAGCGGCGGCGACGCUUCGGAGUAUGGAGGCUCUUGUUAGAGCUCAGACCUCUGUUAAGUUUCAGAGAGCACUUCGCCGUAUCGGAAACGCUGCUGCUCCGGCGAGGAAGUCCACGGAAAGAUUCUCCGGAUCUUUGGAAAACCGAAACAGCGGCGAAGAGACAGCUAAGAUAGUGGAGGUAGAUACAGGGACCCGAUCCGGAACUCAUAGAAUCCGAGGACCCGUUUUAUCCGGUUCGGAUUUUUUGGACAACCCGUUUCGACGCACGCUUUCCUCACCUCUCUCGGGUCGAGUCCCACCGCGUCUGUCAUUACCCAAACCCGAAUGGGACGAGUGUAGCAGCAAAUUCCCGACGGCACAGAGCACACCUCGUUUCGCCGGAGGAUCUCCGUCGAGGAGCGUAUGCUGCUACGGCGGCGGAGUAGACGCUGAUACGGAGGCUGAGGUAGAUGCGCACCGGUUCUGUGUCUUGUCAGGAGAUUUUAACUCACCGGCGGAUACGACGUUGUUCAGGGCGAAACUGAGGUCGCAUAGCGCGCCGAGACAGAGGCCGGAGAUUAAUGCUGCCGGCAGUGGUUGGAGAUGGAGUAUCGGCGGCGGUGGCGGUGUUCGGGUGCAGAGACCGUCGUGUUCCGGUGUCAAAGAAGCCGUGGUCGGAAAUAUCGAAAGACGUAGGACCCAGUGGUGA